CUGUCUCUUUAUCGUCACGUCGUCUCUCCGCCAUGCCCCGUGAAAAUAGCUUCAGUGACUCGGAUGGUCGCUCACUUACACCCGAUCUGGAAGAUGAGCUCGACUCGCCCGUCGUCAGCUCCCCACCUCCACUGCCGCCUCUCAACACAGAGGCAAUGGAACCUCUCUCCGCUCCGGCAAGCUUCAGGGAGCAGCAGCCUGCGCGCUCAGCGAAGAGCACGUCCAGCGAGCGUCCGCAAAUGCGAACAAUCUUCAUGGCCCCUGGAGACCGCUUCCGCCGUGCCGUGCGCAAGGUUAUUGCCAUGCGCCGAGGCUCAGUAGCGAUGACCACUGGUCGCAUCGGUGCCGAGCCCGGUAUCGACCCCCGUCGCGAGUCCGCGUUCAUAACAUAUGGACACAUCCGGCAGAAGUGUCUUAUCGAGGUCGUCGACUACUCUGCUGUGCGGAGUAGCUUCGGACGCAUGACCAACUCCGAGUUCAUCAAGUUGCUCGCCGACGAAGGAGCGAGUACGAAGGAGUCCUGGGUCAAAGUGCGGUGGAUCAACGUCGGUGGUAUCAGCUGGGACGUCGUGAGCGCGCUGGCGAUCAAGUUUGACAUGCACCCCCUCGCCAUCGAAGAUUUACUUCAUACACGCAAGGCCGCACGGUCUAAGGCAGACUACUACCAGAAGCACCUUUUCCUCCGUGUACUAUGCCACAGUCUUGUCUCUGACGAAGAGAUGAGCACACCCGACAACUCGGUUACACACCUACCUCGAUCAUCCUCCCCCGAGCCUUACGACGACCAAUCGGAUGCCGAAGACUCCGUUGACAAGGACGACGGGGACGAGAAAACGAUGUACGGCAGCCCGCCUUCAUCUCGCUUCGCGACAGCCCGAAAUGCUCCUCUGCGCGCCGCAAUCCAGAGGCGCUUCAGCAAGGAUGUGGAGUCCUCUGCCCACGCCCCUCGUGCAAACCUGGGUGUUCCGCCUAUAGCCCGCUUCAGCAACACUGAAGAUCUGCAGUCCCAAACCAAGAGCACCGCUAGGACGGCUAAACUUGUCCGGGACCUGACAAAGGGCGAGCGCGUGAACGUCAAGAUCUCGCCAAUGUGCAUUUUCCUAUUCCGUGAUGGCACUGUUGUCACCAUUCAUCAAGAUAACAGGUUGGGUUUCACCCAACCAAUCACGAACCGUCUCCGUCAGCGGGACACAGGUUUACGCCAAACGGCAGAUGCUUCUCUGCUUGUCGAGAGUCUUCUUGAUCUAGUUGUUGAUCAGGCUCUGGAGGUCGUGGAGGAAUACCAGCACAAGAUAUUGAAGCUUGAACGGGCUGUCCUGCUGAAGCCUAGCAUGAAGCAUGUGCGACGGUUGCAUAUCCUUCAAGGCGACCUUAUCCUGCACAAGCGUACUCUGGAGCCAAUCAAGACGGUCAUCUAUGGUCUUCGGCGCUAUGACGUCGACCGUGUCGCUGCGCUGUCCGAGUCGCUCGACCCUGCCGUCAAGGUUCAAGGCUUCAUGAGCCACAAGUCGAAAAUCUACCUUGCUGACGUCCACGACCAUAUGGAGUACAUUCUGAGCAGUCUAGACAUGUUCGCUGGCAUCAGCGAGAACUUAAUCAACUUUACCUUCAACAUGUCCUCGUAUGAGAUGAACGAGGUCAUGCGCAGGUUGACGUUGGCCACGAUUAUCUUCCUCCCUUUAACGCUGCUUACCGGUUACUUCGGUAUGAACUUUUCAAGUAUGUGGACCAUUGACCAUGGUCACACCGACGUCGUCUUCUGGAUCAUCGCGCUUCCGCUCAUGGUUAUUGUCGUCCCCAUUUUCCUCUGGUCGGACCUCGGCAGGAUCUUUCACUACAUGAAGAAGAAGGUGUCUCAGCGCAAGCUGAAAAAGAAAUUGAAGCAGGCAUAGGCCUGGCGUUUGACUUACUAAUCAUUCUUACCUGAAGUUCUCUUCCUGAUGUGAGACCAUGGAUAUCUGGAAUGUCUGCUCUCGCCCACGCCCACCUCUCUCAUCUUGCUUGUCGAUCUAGUUAGUCAUUUAGGGUCUUUUGGCGUCCUAUCUCUGUUAUCUGUCACCCUCAGCGCAUCGUCUUCAUACAUACAUUCCACAGUGUCUUUUACUCACAUAUGUUACCCAUUUGUCACUGCUUGUAAUCAUACGGACCUUGUUUCUUUGUUAACGCUACCAAAC